GCUGUCAACAAACAAGUUUUUCCUGGAUUUUCUGUGAAUUUUCCUCGCGAUUGUGCUGUAUUAUGUGAAAGAUGUGGGACUCGUCGAUGUUCCUCAGCACCCUGACGCCCAAAUUCUACGUGGCGCUCACGGGCACGUCGAGUCUCAUAAGCGGACUGAUUCUAAUCUUCGAGUGGUGGUACUUCCGGAAAUACGGCACUUCCUUCAUCGAGCAAGUGUCGCUGAACCACAUUAGCCCAUGGAUUGGCGGCGGAAGCAGCGAGUCCAGCAAUGGGAACGAUCAUCACGCCUCCAACGGCUCUGGGCAGCAGAUUCCGGAGUGCAAGGUGUGGCGCAAUCCGCUGAACCUCUUCCGCGGCGCCGAGUACCAGCGUUUCUUCUGGGCCACCAGCAAGGAGCCGCUGACGUACUACGACAUGAACCUGAGCGCACAGGAUCACCAGACGUUCUUCACGUGCGAGGGCGACGCUGGGAAUGCAGAGUACGAGAUCAUGCAGACGGCGUGGCGCGAGAGAAAUCCCGUGGUGCGCAUCAAGGCGGCCCACAGCGCUCUGGAGGUCAACCAAGACUGCACGCCGGCGUACAUUCUGCUGGCUGAGGAGGAGACCACGACGAUUGUGGAGGCGGAGAAGGUCCUCAAGACAGCUCUAAAGAUCGCCGAGACUAACUACAAGAAGUCGCAGCUCAUGCAGCACCAGAGCGCCAUCCACGAGAGCAUCCACAGACGCGACACCAACGCGCUGAUCUACAUCAAGAGGCGCCUGGCCAUGUGCGCGCGCAAGCUGCAAAAGCUGAAGGAGGCGGCCAAGAUGUUCCGCGACCUCACCAAGGAGAUUCCGCCCAUCAUGAACGUGCUGAACAUCCACGAGAAUCUCAUCGAGUGUCUGCUGGAGAUGCAAGCGUACGCCGACUGUCAGGCCGUGCUGGCCAAGUAUGACGACAUAUCUCUGCCCAAGUCCGCCACCAUCUGCUACACGGCGGCGCUGCUGAAGGCGCGCGCCGUGGCGGACAAGUUCUCACCGGACGUGGCGUCGAAGCGCGGGCUGAGCGCUGCCGAGAUGAGUGCCGUGGAGGCGAUCCAUCGCGCGGUGGAGUUCAAUCCGCACGUGCCCAAGUAUCUGCUGGAGACGAAGCCGCUCAUCCUGCCGCCCGAGCACAUCCUCAAGCGCGGCGACUCCGAGGCGCUGGCCUACGCCUUCUUCCACCUCAACCACUGGAAGAACGUGGAGGGUGCGCUCAAUCUGCUGCACUGCACCUGGGAGGGCACGUUCCGCAUGCUGCCGUACCCGCUGGAGCGCGGCCACCUCUUCUAUCCGUAUCCCACGUGCACGGAGUGCGCCGACCGCGAGCUGCUGCCCGUGUUCCACGACGUGAGUGUGUACCCCAAGAAGGAGCUGCCCUUCUUCAUCCUCUUCACGGCCGGCCUGUGCAGCUUCACGGCCCUGCUGGCGCUGCUCACGCACCAGUACCCCGAGCCGAUGGGCGUGAUGGCGCACACGGUGCUCAACUGGAUCUCGCUGCCCUUCUACUUCUUCAAGGAGCGCCUCGAGAGCGUCCUGCCCUGCAACCUGCUGCAGCAGCUCACGCGCAUCUGAACGCCCGCUCUCUAGACCGCACACAGACUGCCGCCGCGACUCCCAGUCCUCGGCGGGCGGCCAUAGAUAUACUCCCAUAUUUAUUUUAAUAAUAAUAAAAAGGAAAUUCUAAGUGUGUAG